CAGCCCUCAGCCUUCUGCGGGCUGCCCGGCCCAAGCUUCCUGCAGGUGCGGAGCUUUCCAGCACGCAGAGAGUUAAAGGCAUCAUCGCAGCCAUUAGAGGGAAAAGUUGCGGCGCCGCGAGCCCAGCGAAGUCCUCCAGCCCGCCCCCCUUGCCCACUCCCCGCUUCCCGAGCUGGCUCGGUGUUUAGGGAGGGCAGUGAUCACGCAAGCUGGAGCAGCGGGCUGACGUUGGACAAGCUGCCAGGUAGCUGAAAGCAGCCAGCCAGCAGCGGAGACACUUCCCGGCGUUUGAAGCCUGGGUCUGCACUAGAAGCCUCAGGAAUCCUAGCCAUCUGGUUUUAACCUUCGCGAAUUGCAUUCCCCUCUCCCCAAAGCCAGUCUUCACCCGCGGAGCGAGCAGCAAGAUAGGAUGUUUGCAGUGUCGCGCCCAGGGCUCUGAAACAGAGCCUCCUGAUACGCUUGCAUUCUCUUCUUUUAGGGCUUUUUGGCUGUUGGCUACACUGAUGUGACCCCCCCACUUUGGAAUGAUGGGGAUCUUUUUGGCAUAUGUUGGAAUUGUUUUCUUUUCCGUUUUAUACGUACAACAAGGGCUUUCUUCUCAAGCAAAAUUUACCGAGUUUCCGCGGAAUGUGACAGCGACAGAGGGGCAGAAUGUGGAGAUGUCCUGCGCUUUUCAGAGCGGCUCCGCCUCGGUGUACCUGGAGAUCCAAUGGUGGUUCCUGCGGGGGCCCGAGGACCUGGAGCCUGGGUCCGAGGUGGCUGGAGCGCAGGUGGAGCUCUUACCAGACAGAGAGCCGGACAACGACGGGACCAAGAUCAGUACAGUGAAAGUUCAAGGCAAUGACAUCUCCCACAAACUUCAGAUUUCCAAAGUGAGGAAAAAGGACGAAGGUUUAUAUGAGUGCAGGGUGACUGAUGCCAAUUAUGGGGAGCUCCAAGAACACAAGGCCCAGGCCUACCUGAAAGUCAAUGCCAACAGUCAUGCUCGGAGGAUGCAGGCCUUCGAAGCCUCACCUAUGUGGCUGCAAGAUAUGAAGCCCCGAAAGAACAUCUCAGCUGCAGUUCCCAGCAGCAUCCACAGCUCAGCCAACCAACGGACGCACUCCACCUCCAGCCCUCAAGCGGUAGCCAAAAUUCCUAAACAAAGUCCACAAUCAGGUGCGAGGAUAGCUACAAGCCAUGGACUUUCUGUCCUGCUUCUUGUUUGUGGCUUUGUGAAGGGUGCUUUGCUUUAAUCUAAAGUGCUGACUUUUUUCCAAUAUCACUUUCUCUUCUUAAAGCAAAGAGCAAAUCGCCUGUAAAAUCUACGGAGCGGACAGCAAAGUUGACCCUAAACUCCAAGCAUCAUUCCGCACCCUCUGUACUCUAAUUACCUACACAAGGAGCGCCUGCUUCCGGAACCAUAAAUGAAGAGGCUAUCACAUGCUUUGUUGAUAAUAUUUUCUUUGGCAAAUCACACCUGAUCUUUUCUUUCAAGACAAUUAGUGUGAAGUGAUAGGACAUUUUCUAAUAGCAAGAUCUAUUUUUUUUUUCCUUUUCUUUCCGCAAAAAACAAAAAAUAAAAAAAAAUUCAUCAUCUCACUGACUGCUCAGGGGUUGGCCUGAAAGUCAUCGGUAUAGUAAAUAUUUACUAUGGAUACCACUGAUUUCCUACUAAAGGACCCACUAUCUGCAGGAAGCAAACAGAGAUCAAAAUUCAACAGAACACAAACUAUCACCAAACAAACAAAAAAAAAAAAACCCUUUUGUGGGCAAAAUUAUCAACAUUUUGAGUCAACAAGGAGAACAUUAUUUUAAACGAGGAAUAAUCAAAGAAAUUUUUUUAAAACUUCUUUUUUCUUGGAUUUUUUUUCUUCUUUUUCUUGUUCAAUGGUGGCAAGUGCUGAUAAUGGCCAAUCCCCGUCAAUCCUGGGAGGUUUAUAUAAAUACAUUUUCAGUGUUCUAUAUUUCAAUUCAUUUUGCAAUUCCUGUAUAUGCAAACCCAACAAAUUCUGUAAAUUGCUUAUAGUACGUGUGAUAUAACUUCAAAGUAGAUAUACUACAACCUUCAUGCAAGCUGAUUUUUAUCAUGCUAUAUAAAAUAUAUACAUAUGAAUGUCUAUAUGUUGAGCCACCAACCAACUUCUUUUAAUAGUGUUUGUUUUUCAUUUAUAAUUCAUAUAUUGUAUAAAUUUGCAGUGCAUUGUUUCACUUCCACAGGUUUGACAGCUGCAGAUGGUCUCUGUUGUCCUCUGCUUUCCUCUGGAAAAAUGCAUAUUCAAAAUUGUAUCUGUCUCUGAUAAAUGAGCUUUGUUAUGUGUAUGCUAUGUUGGAAUUUACUAUGUUGAACAUACCUUUAAAUAUGGUGUUUAUUGAGGUUUGAGGGUCUCUUGACUCUGAAGAAUGCAUACUCUGGUUUUGACAUCUACUCCUCUGUCAUCAUUAUUCUAUCAUCAGAAAGGAAUGUUGUUUCUAGAAAUUCUGCCUUGGAGGCCAGCAUGAGGAAAGUGAAGCAGACCCCUUCCUUUCCUACUUUCUUGGGAGAACACGUCUUGGUAUGGCUAAAGGAUGCUGUUUCCCUUGAACUUCAUGAAUUUUUGUAGCUUUGUCAUUCUGUUAUUUGCUGAUAAUUAUAUUUAAAUGUCUCCUACUUAAAAAUUAAAAUUUAGUUGCUGGCUAAAUAUAAUAUGCAAAUGUGACUGCAAAUCCCUGACUAAAGAAGAUAUGUGUUCAGUUUUCACUGGUUAAGUGAGUUAUAAUUUUAAAUAUUCCAUUCUUAUUUUUGAUUUUAUAAUAACUAGACUAUUUUACUUGGAACCUGUUUUUACUCUUGCAAAGAAAGAUAGAACUCUUAAUGUGCUCCACAUACACUGUGGAAUCAAUUUGGCUUGAGAAAGAAAUGACCUAAGUUUUCCUUCCAGAGAGAUUCUUCCAUUUUCUUUCAUUACAAAACCAGAAGAUCAUCUGUGUGGGGACUAUGUACUCCCAGUCUAAGAUCCUAAGUGGAAGCCUGAAGACAAUGAAUAGUUCACUUUUCAAAGGUAAAUGCAUUGACUCUGCCAUUUAGUUUUUAGCAAGGUGCAUUUUUUUUUCAUAGUAUUCUAGACCUUACCUUCUGAGAAAUAAUGGUUUAUUCUUUUCUUACCAUUCUUGUUCAUUUGGUUUAUUAUUUCAGUCAAAUGAGAAAAAUAAAGGUUUUGAUUGCCCUA